AUGUCGACACUUCCAACCCUUGGAGCAGUCGGUGCUAUUGGUAGAACAAGGAAAAGUUCAGCCAUCGUACCCUUAACAAAUUUAAAUCAGACUGUAAAUCCAUUGAGGGCUAGCACUGAAGAUCCACUACCUAGUUUUCAUAAUAGUAAUACAAGUGAAUCCAAUUCGAUUAUUGAAGGACACUUCUCACACGGUCCACAAAGUUUAACGAUGAGUAAUCGUUCAGGUGGGUCCGACACUGGAACUGCAAGGACAGCAACCACAACACGGUCUUCAAUUCUAUCCUCAGAAUCAUUUAAAGCAUUUGAAGAGAAUAUAGUAACAUUUCUGGUUGGAAUACAGCAACAAAGCUUGAUGAAUACAGCCAAGAGGGUGAAUGAAAAGAAUCAGCCCUGGUCCAUUGCUCAACAACGUACUCUCUCUGGUAAGCUGAGAAGAGUCUUUUCUAAAACAAAUAUAUUUUACAUGCUCUUUUACACAUUUAUCAUGCUUACUUCCUCAAGUUUAUCUGUACCAUAUGAGGAUAUUAAAUCAUAUCAAUGGGGUGAUUAUGGUUGGUGGAUUAUGCUAGUAUUUGGAUUCAUGAGAACUUGGUUAAUGGAAAAGGUACCAUAUGUUGGUAUUGUUGUAAUUGCUAAAUUCAGUCCAAAGGAAGGCUCAUUUGGUUCAAUGGAUAAUUCGAUAUUUGUAAUGGUAAUUGCAUUUACAAAUCAACUUUAUUGGAUAAUUUCAAAUUUAAUUCCGAGCAUGUACAGUUAUAUAGUUCCAAUUAUAUCUAUUCUAGUUAGUUUAUUGUAUAUUGUUGUUUUAUUUAGGUCCCUUCCUUUUUUCAAUAGAUGGGAAAAUAGUUUAUGGUCUGGAUUUACAUUUGCAAAACUUGGAUUUUCCAUUUCAACUUUAAUACUGACUACCUUACCAAUCAAUUACUUAGAUGACAAUAUAUUUGGAGUAUCAUUGGCUGGUGCAUCAUUUGGCUUUGCUAUUUUAUUAUUUGUUUUGGGUUGUGUAACUAUGGAAAUAUAUACCAGACUUGUCUAUAGAAGCGUAAAGCAUUUAUUUUCAGUGUACCUUGGUAUUGAUGAUGUAAAUAAUUGGAAGAUAUCCAAAGAGGGUGAUCCAACAUUAUUUGUCAAUAAUUUAGCUUCAGUUAUCGAAGAAGAACGUCGAUUUAGAAGUGUUAACAUUUUCAUUCGAUUUGCCAUGACAAAGGCAAGAAAUGUUCAACGCAACGAACAAAAGCAUGGUGAUUUCAAUUUAGCCAUGCUGUUUGUUAAGGGUGCUGCUUCUCAAAAAAGUUUUACAGAUGUUAAUUUACUAUUGACAUCAAGUAUGCUCAUUGCAAACUUUGUUGCCUCUGAGGAUUCUAAUGCGUUUAUCUAUGCAAAUCACUUGAUUAAAAGAGCACUCAGACAACAUCCAAAUAUUCUGAACAGAUAUUUCAUUCAAAUGAGAUUGAAAGAAUUGGAAAUCAUUUCAUCUUCAUCCAAUAGACAUGCCACAAGUAAUUUGGAAAUGAAGAUGUUAUUACAAAAAAUUGACGCCAAAGAACAACAAUUGGCCUACUUCCACAGACAAUUCUGGAAGGAAUUGCAAAAUGAAGUAGUUUCCGAUUCAAAAAUCAUUGGAGUGAAUCAACAAAUUGAAAAGAUUACUGCUGAACUGGAAGUUUUAUUUGGAAAUUUGAUGACUAACUUUUCUGGAGAUAAGACUGCACUAAGAACCUAUGCCAGAUUUUUAGAAAAUUACCUAUUCCAAAAAGAAUUGGCUUCUGACUUGUAUUUUGAAGCACAAAUAAUUGAAGAUGAAGAAUCUAAGAGAGUUAGAAAGAGGGAGCCUGUAAACCAAAUCAAGAUUUCAUCCAAACACAACAAGGUUGUUCCAAUAGUACCAACAUCACCUGAAGAACCAAGAUCUGCAGUUGAUUUAUUCGAUGAGGAAAUUGAUGAGGAAAGUUUAAAUGGAUCUGAUAUGGUGACACCAACUCAGAAAAAAGAAAUGCUCUACAGAACAUCAUUACUAGUACCAGAAGAACACAAGUUUGUCUAUGGAUUUUUCAUAGUAUUCCUAUUGUUUGGCUUGGCACUAAUUACAAUCACCUUGGCUGUAAAUAUUUCCUUCUCUAAUGAAAUUUCCUCAAAAGUAUUCCUUGUCAAACAAGCUUGUACCAUGAAUAGCGUUUCGCAUUUGAUAGCCAGUGGUAUUCGUUCACUUCAAUCUACAAUCAAGUUUAAUGGUAUUAAUGAUACAGCUCUGUUGCAAUCAUUCUCAGCCCACAAGGACAGACUGAAAACACUUCAAGAUAAGGCUAGAACCGUACAAACACUCUCUAAAACAGUCGGUGUAUUCACAACUGACAUGGUAAAUGAUUUCACCCAUGAUGAUGUUACUUUGUACUUGCCAAUUGUUACUCCAGGCCAGAUUGUUUAUGAAAUUAGAAAUACCUCUCUCUCUGAAACUACUAAACUAGUGAUUUCAAAUAUUGAUUCAUUGUUAGAAUCAACAAUCUUCCAAUACAACAAAACAUAUGAAUCCUAUGUUUUCAUGUUUUGGUGGCUCAAUAGAUUACCUCUCAUGCGUUCAUAUGAAUCAUUUUGUGUGAAUUUUAUUGAUAGAAAUCAAGUGGUGGCACAAGAACUUAGAGUUAUUUAUAUAAUUAUUGCAGUUUGUGUAAAUGCCAUUGUAUUGUUAAUGUCUUUGAGCUAUUUACUAGUUUUAUAUUUCCAUUUACGUAAAAUUAAUAAUCUUGUAAGAUUAUUCAAGAGAAUAGGUAAAGAUGAAGUUGGUAAGAUUUUCCAUCGUUUAGAUAAGGACACUAGAGAAGAAGUUAACAAAUCUCAAACAGACUAUCUAUCUCCAAAGAGAUCUGUAUUAAUAAUCAGUUUACUCAUUAUUGUAUUUGCAUUUGUAUCUGGUGCCUUGAUCAUUACAGAAUUCUUCUUGAAUUUAGAUGAUUCGUAUGUGGCCAUGUUAAAUGUUGCAGAAGCAGGUAGAGUUUUAAUGAACAGUCAAGUUGUAAACUUUGGAUUGGACGAAAUUGUGUUUGAUUCACCACUAAAACCAAAUGAAAAUGAUGCCAACUUUGUACUUAACCAAAAUUAUCUAGCUCUAACAGUCAAGUCUUGGAACAAUUUAAUAUACGGAGCAGAGUACAACAAUAGAAAAUCCAUUCUCUCAGAAAAUAUUCCAGUUGUACAAAGUCAUCAAUGUAACUCUACAGAUUAUAAUUGUUAUGGAUUGGAUCAAUUAUUGGAUAUGUUAGCCUCACAAGCAGAUCAAUUGAAUAAUCAAGCUUAUCAUCAUACUAUUGGCCCACGUGAUAUAUAUAUCAAGUUUAUGCAAUUUUACAGUGCUUCUAAAAUUAUGGCCUACAAGUUGUAUGCUUUCAUUGAUACCUAUGUUGAUUUGCACCAGCAUCCUUCCAGAUAUUUGUCAGGAGUGUUCUCCUCUAUUGGAUUUAUUGCUUGCCUAUUUUUAUUCUAUUUAGGUAAUAAUAUGUUCAAUAGAUAUUGGGCUCAAAUCCAUCAGAUGAGAAUUAUGUUCAAUUAUGUAUCAUGGGAAUUUAUCGAUUCAAAUGAUCAAUUAAGAGAUUAUGCUCUUCACUAUCAAUACAAUUCGACAGCAUCAAGCAACAAUGGAAAGAAUCGAAAAUUGAAGGGCAUGAAUAGAAUAUUACAAAUGUUCCAAGAUUCAAAUAAUGAUAAGGAAGAUGAACAAGCAUUCUCCCAGGUUAAGGCUGUCCUUGAUUCAACUGUAGAAGGAUCUAUCAUUUGUAAUGUAGAUGGUUCUAUUAGAUUUUUCAAUCAAGCUGCACAAGAUAUGUUUGGUUAUAGAAUUACAGAAAUUAUUGGAACUGGAUUGGCUGUUCUAUUUUCUAAAAAGAAGGUUGUUGACACUCUAAAUUCAGUUCUGGAGAGAAUGAAGAAUGCUACUAGCAACUUUGGAGAAACAUUUGAAAAGUUAAAAGCCAAAAGAAAGAACGGAAAGGCAUUCCCAGCAAGAGUUAAUUUAUGUGUUUCAGUAUUGGGAGAUCCUAAUGAUAAGAAGAGAACAAUUAUUAUUUCAUGUUUUAUUAAGGAUAUUACCUCCGAAUUGAAACAUUCCAUUUUAAUGGCACAAGAAAAAACCAAAUCAGAAGCACUUUUACUUAACAUUUUACCAUUACCUGUUGCCAAUAGAUUAAGAGCAGGUGAAACUAAUAUUUAUGAAAACUUUAAAGAUGUUACCUGUCUAUUUAGUGAUAUUGUUGGUUUCACUAGUUUGAGUAGUCAUUUGGAACCACACCAAGUUGUAGAAAUGUUGAAUAUUAUUGUCAACCAGUUUGACUUGUUGUGUGAAACCUAUUCUCUUGAAAAGAUUAAAACCAUUGGUGAUGCCUAUUUCCUUGCUGGUGGUUUGCAUCAAAAGCAAUCAGAUCACCCUGAAAAGGUUAUUAAUUUUGGAAUGGGUCAAUUUACAAUUUUAUACAAUUACAAUGUCAAACAUAAUACAAAUUUAAACAUUCGUGUUGGUGUUCACACAGGAUCAGUAACAGCAGGUGUAUUAGGAAGUUCAAAGUUUGCCUAUGAUUUGUGGGGAGAUGCUGUCAAUACUGCCUCAAGAAUGGAAUCUACAGGUGAACCAGGAAGGAUUCAAAUUUCAAGAGCAACUUAUGAAAGAGUUUAUGAUUUAUUUGAAUUCGAAACUAGAGAGGUAGAUGUUAAAGGAAAGGGGAAAAUGGAAACAUAUUUACUCAAGGAUAAACAUCAUCAAAAUCCAAAUCCUCAAGCUGCCAGAAUUGAUACUUCAAAAUUCCUAUCAAUUGAUUUGGAAGAAGCUGAAAACAAGCAAUUGGCAAUCAAUUACUUGGAUGUUAAUGAUGGUGGAAGUGAGGCCUAUUAUUCUGAAAAUGAGGAUGAUGAAGCUUUAUCAGAAAAAAAUAAUGGUAAAUUAUUAGAUGAUCAACCAAAUGAAGAAUAA